AGAACUUGAGAAAGUUCCCCCACCUUCAAGAGCAAGCAUCACCAACCACGUCGUCCCGAGUCGCGUCGCAAGGCUUUCGAUCGCAUCGCAUACUGUCGCAAUACUACAUUUAGCAAUAACUUUAACGAUAAGCAUCAAAAAUGUCACGAAAAAGCGUCAUGUCGUCCACGUUCGAGCCGUCGCUCUCGACUAGCCGACAGCCCCUCGGGCCAUCGCUCGCCGAUACCCUACCCAGCAUCAACUUUGGCUUCGACGAGCUGCGCGAUCGCAUGGCCAAGUUCACGGCAAAAUUUGACGACUUCAUCGAGCAAGGGCGCAGGCGCGUGCUGGAGGAGAGGAACCAGUUUAGGAUGAACGUGGCAGAGCUUCAGGAGGACCAGCGUAUGAAGAAAAAGGACAUUGAAAUCCUCCAGCUCAAAACCAACACCUACCAACAGACCAUGGCCAAGGAGGCCGCCGAAACACGCGAAAUGCAACAAGCCAUCGCUUCGCUCACCGAGCAGCGGGAUAAACAAGCCGCGAUGCGCGACGCUUUGAAAGAACAAAUUGCAGCUACACAGAGGGAGAUUGAUGCGCGUCUAGCGGCGCAAAGGGCGCACGCAGCGCAACUAGAGGCGCAGGCAAGAUACAACGUGCCAGAGCUGGAUUUCUGGGUAACAAACCUAUGCAUGCGGAUCGAGGGUGCCGGAGCAGAGGACAGGCUCAAGUUUGUGUAUACGCACAUUGAUGAGAGGAACUGGGAGCGAGAGGCCUGGUUCGAGUUGAGUAUGAGUGGGAGGGACUACGAUGUGAGACAUUGUAGGCCAAAGCUGGAGAGGGAGAAGGUGGAAAAAGUGCUGGACCGGGUAAACGAGACUAGGGAGCUCGUGGUACUACUGAAGGGCAUGAGAGAGUUGUUUGUCGAGGCCAUGAAGUCUUGAUUUCAGUUCAGCUGGUCUGAAGAUAGUUUGGAUAGCUAGAUACCCCGAGUAUUGGACGUCCGGCUGUAGAUGCUGAUGACAUGGACUAAUGACCUUUGGAUGAUCGUCAUGAGUGUCGCCUGCUUAGGAAGGAGGGUAGGUAUCGUACUCUACCUCACGCUUGUGAGCUAUUCAGGUGUUGUUGCCCGGUGAGCCGGAGUCGUCGAUCGGCUGACAACGGUUAGAACCGAUAAGCGUGACUUCCUCGCUCCGUUGAGGAAAGAGCCCCUGUAGAAGCCCGCUGUAGCAGCUCGUUCCUUCCUGGGCUUGGGGCUUACAGCGGAAAUUGAUAGUACAAGAGCCCGCCAAUCUCUUCCUCACAUCUGU